AUGGAUUGCCGAGUUGUGUUCUUAUACAUCGUUGUCUGUCUGAGUAUUUUGGCUGCUAAUACUGAAGGACGCACGACAAAGAUUGUAAUACAUGUUCCUUACAAAGUGAAGAAAAUAAAGCAUACGCACACUAUAUAUAGGAUAGUACAUCAUCACCAUACUCACCAUGAUCAUUUAGAUCAUGGACCGUCGCCGGUCGAGGAACACGAGCACUUCCAUCAUUUCCACACCCACGAGGAACCAACCAUAGGCCAACACAGCCAACCGGUCGGCGGAACCAGCAUCCCAGAGCUCCUACCCGACGCACCUUUAGACGUGGAUGAUUUUCCUGAUUUGCCUAAACAUUUAUCCAGUAUGCCAUCACGACAUUUCAUACGUCCUUACAGGCGGCAAUUUGUAAGUAUAUUGAACUGA